AUGUCUACCAAAUACACUAUUCGGAUGCGCCUUGCCAUUGCGUUCCUCGCUAUCAUAGGGCUGGCCUUUGCCAGUCUCAACUCGGCUAUGGCGCGCUUCGCGAUUAUUCUGCGGGACCGAGCAAAAGCCGAUAUCAUCACUCCCAACAAAUCCAUUUCAGACAACACAUUCAGAAAUCUGAUGGACAAUGUCCUCGUCGACGUCCUGAUUGCAGUCGUCAUAUCCACCUCGUUUGCUGUUGUGGGAGCUGUGCUUGCGUGCCACCCCCGAUGGCUACGAGGGCAAGACAGAACCUGGAUGUACUUCGGGUGCUUCCAAUGCAUCCUGAGCCUGGUAAUUCUAUCAACCGGGGGUUAUCUGGCCGACCACGUGCAUGGCUUUCAAACCUCCUUUGAAAGGGUUAGCGGUAAUGACAACUUUCAGUAUUACAAGAUCAUGUUCUUUGGAGGGGUUGGUCAGGCGGCUUAUGGGUCUCUGGUUAUAUUCAUGGCCAUUGCAUCCUUUGUCGCUUUUUUGAUCUAUGAACGUCACGAAAGAGAAACUCAGCCAAUCGAAGCAACGCGACAAUCAGAGCAGUAUCUGUGA